AUGGCAUCAUCAUCAUCAUCAUCAUCAUCAUCAUCAUCAUCAUCAUCAUCAUCAUCAUCAUCAUCAUCAUCAGCAUCAUCAUCAUCAUCAUCAUCAUCAUCAUCAUCAUCAUCAUCAUCAUCAUCAUCAUCAUCAUCAUCAUCAUCAUCAUCAUCAUCAUCAUCAUCAUCAUCAUCAUCAUCAUCAUCAUCAUCAUCAUCAUCAUCAUCAUCAUCAUCAUCAUCAUCAUCAUCAUCAUCAUCAUCAUCAUCAUCAUCAUCAUCAUCAUCAUCAUCAUCAUCAUCGUCAUCAUCAUCAUCAUCAUCAUCAUCAUCAUCAUCAUCAUCAUCAUCAUCAUCAUCAUCAUCAUCAUCAUCAUCAUCAUCAUCAUCAUCAUCAUCAUCAUCAUCAUCAUCAUCAUCAUCAUCAUCAUCAUCAUCAUCAUCAUCAUCAUCAUCAUCAUCAUCAUCAUCAUCAUCAUCAUCAUCAUCAUCAUCAUCAUCAUCAUCAUCAUCAUCAUCAUCAUCAUCAUCAUCAUCAUCAUCAUCAUCAUCAUCAUCAUCAUCAUCAUCAUCAUCAUCAUCAUCAUCAUCAUCAUCAUCAUCAUCAUCAUCAUCAUCAUCAUCAUCAUCAUCAUCAUCAUCAUCAUCAUCAUCAUCAUCAUCAUCAUCAUCAUCAUCAUCAUCAUCAUCAUCAUCAUCAUCAUCAUCAUCAUCAUCAUCAUCAUCAUCAUCAUCAUCAUCAUCAUCAUCAUCAUCAUCAUCAUCAUCAUCAUCAUCAUCAUCAUCAUCAUCAUCAUCAUCAUCAUCAUCAUCAUCAUCAUCAUCAUCAUCAUCAUCAUCAUCAUCAUCAUCAUCAUCAUCAUCAUCAUCAUCAUCAUCAUCAUCAUCAUCAUCAUCAUCAUCAUCAUCAUCAUCAUCAUCAUCAUCAUCAUCAUCAUCAUCAUCAUCAUCAUCAUCAUCAUCAUCAUCAUCAUCAUCAUCAUCAUCAUCAUCAUCAUCAUCAUCAUCAUCAUCAUCAUCAUCAUCAUCAUCAUCAUCAUCAUCAUCAUCAUCAUCAUCAUCAUCAUCAUCAUCAUCAUCAUCAUCAUCAUCAUCAUCAUCAUCAUCAUCAUCAUCAUCAUCAUCAUCAUCAUCAUCAUCAUCAUCAUCAUCAUCAUCAUCAUCAUCAUCAUCAUCAGCAUCAUCAUCAUCAUCAUCAUCAUCAUCAUCAUCAUCAUCAUCAUCAUCAUCAUCAUCAUCAUCAUCAUCAUCAUCAUCAUCAUCAUCAUCAUCAUCAUCAUCAUCAUCAUCAUCAUCAUCAUCAUCAUCAUCAUCAUCAUCAUCAUCAUCAUCAUCAUCAUCAUCAUCAUCAUCAUCAUCAUCAUCAUCAUCAUCAUCAUCAUCAUCAUCAUCAUCAUCAUCAUCAUCAUCAUCAUCAUCAUCAUCAUCAUCAUCAUCAUCAUCAUCAUCAUCAUCAUCAUCAUCAUCAUCAUCAUCAUCAUCAUCAUCAUCAUCAUCAUCAUCAUCAUCAUCAUCAUCAUCAUCAUCAUCAUCAUCAUCAUCAUCAUCAUCAUCAUCAUCAUCAUCAUCAUCAUCAUCAUCAUCAUCAUCAUCAUCAUCAUCAUCAUCAUCAUCAUCAUCAUCAUCAUCAUCAUCAUCAUCAUCAUCAUCAUCAUCAUCAUCAUCAUCAUCAUCAUCAUCAUCAUCAUCAUCAUCAUCAUCAUCAUCAUCAUCAUCAUCAUCAUCAUCAUCAUCAUCAUCAUCAUCAUCAUCAUCAUCAUCAUCAUCAUCAUCAUCAUCAUCAUCAUCAUCAUCAUCAUCAUCAUCAUCAUCAUCAUCAUCAUCAUCAUCAUCAUCAUCAUCAUCAUCAUCAUCAUCAUCAUCAUCAUCAUCAUCAUCAUCAUCAUCAUCAUCAUCAUCAUCAUCAUCAUCAUCAUCAUCAUCAUCAUCAUCAUCAUCAUCAUCAUCAUCAUCAUCAUCAUCAUCAUCAUCAUCAUCAUCAUCAUCAUCAUCAUCAUCAUCAUCAUCAUCAUCAUCAUCAUCAUCAUCAUCAUCAUCAUCAUCAUCAUCAUCAUCAUCAUCAUCAUCAUCAUCAUCAGCAUCAUCAUCAUCAUCAUCAUCAUCAUCAUCAUCAUCAUCAUCAUCAUCAUCAUCAUCAUCAUCAUCAUCAUCAUCAUCAUCAUCAUCAUCAUCAUCAUCAUCAUCAUCAUCAUCAUCAUCAUCAUCAUCAUCAUCAUCAUCAUCAUCAUCAUCAUCAUCAUCAUCAUCAUCAUCAUCAUCAUCAUCAUCAUCAUCAUCAUCAUCAUCAUCAUCAUCAUCAUCAUCAUCAUCAUCAUCAUCAUCAUCAUCAUCAUCAUCAUCAUCAUCAUCAUCAUCAUCAUCAUCAUCAUCAUCAUCAUCAUCAUCAUCAUCAUCAUCAUCAUCAUCAUCAUCAUCAUCAUCAUCAUCAUCAUCAUCAUCAUCAUCAUCAUCAUCAUCAUCAUCAUCAUCAUCAUCAUCAUCAUCAUCAUCAUCAUCAUCAUCAUCAUCAUCAUCAUCAUCAUCAUCAUCAUCAUCAUCAUCAUCAUCAUCAUCAUCAUCAUCAUCAUCAUCAUCAUCAUCAUCAUCAUCAUCAUCAUCAUCAUCAUCAUCAUCAUCAUCAUCAUCAUCAUCAUCAUCAUCAUCAUCAUCAUCAUCAUCAUCAUCAUCAUCAUCAUCAUCAUCAUCAUCAUCAUCAUCAUCAUCAUCAUCAUCAUCAUCAUCAUCAUCAUCAUCAUCAUCAUCAUCAUCAUCAUCAUAUUUAGCGGCUCAAGACUUGACUCCAGAGCGAAACGAAUCUGAAAAGGCGAGUACGUCAACUCUACAAUGUACCAGCGUUAUAUUAUGGAAAAUGAAAAUUGCUUGA